ACCACUUAUUAGUCCUCCUUAUCCAUUUGACAGAACACACCUAGCAACCAUUUUUCAAGCACCCAACAACCAUCCCCUUUCACAUAUUCGCAUUGAGAACCAGAGAACCCCAUCCCUCUCUCCCAUUGUUUGCAACUCUUCUCCUUUUUUUGGCUCCAGUAUUUCACUUUACAUGUAGGACCCCUGGUCACAAUAUUGAUCCUCUAUGUUGCUCGUACUCUCCAAAAAUGUUGUUGUACUCCUGUCGGAUCCUUAAAAGAUGCACUUCUUAUUUAGAUUGUAGGGGCAAGAUGCAUAAAUUUGUCAUUGAUUGGAAGGCAAUAAUGAUGUAAUUUAUUUUGUCUUCUUUUUGGUCUUACCUAUUUCAGAGUUACUGCAAUAGCUACUCUCUGAAAUAGCAUCCAAAGAAAAGGCAUCAAAAGAGAAUUGUAGUUCUAUGGAUAGGGCCUGCACUGUAGUAUGCUUCAAAUUUGUAUCAACAUCGGUACAUGGAGUUCUUGUCUUCUUUUUCCUGCUCGGAUUUUUUGGGAUCAUACUACACUGCUCAUCCUUUAAUAGCAAUGACCCACACAUGGCUGGAUGUCAUAACUGUUGUUAUGGCUGGGGAAUGUGGGAUCUUUUCCCUGCGUCAAUGGAAGCAUGUUUUGCGCUGGUUGUUGUCUUUGUUGUCAUCCUUGCCAUUCUUGGCAUUGCAUAUAGUUUCCUUGCAGCCACAAUGGCCAUCCAGCGAUUCUGGCAAAGACACUACCACAUCCUAACCAAGAGAGAAUUACUUACGCAGGAGUAUGUAGUGGAGGAUCUCCGUGGCUGUUACACUCCUCCAAAACUGGAUAUAGAGCACGAAGAACGUCUUAAAAUGCUUAAACUUUUAUAGAGGUGACAGCUGGAAAUCUUUCAAUUGCUACUAGUUACACACUCCAUCCCAUUGUGUUUGACAUCCUUUGGCUGGACAGGAUUCAAUAUUUCCGUUAAUUUUUUAUUAUAUAAGUAAUUGUAAAUACAGUGGAACAUUGAAUAUAUUUCUUCACAUUUUUGACGAUUAAUUAUAAGUUCCAGAAUA